AUGGAUGCUCGUAAGAGAUCCGAUGUCCAACCUGAUCGUGGUAAACCGCCGUUGGCAGCAAAGAAUGGUGGUACUAGGGGACUGAAUGAUGGUAAUCUGAAAACUGCUCGUAGAGGUAUGUUUAAGCCGAAUGCUGGAUCAAAGCCGAUUAAUGUUAUAGAUGAACUUGAGAAGAUUUCUGUUCCGGUUCCUGUUGACGUCAACGUCACGGAAUCUUCACCGGACAUGGAAGGUUUAUAUGAUAGCUUGCAUGAGGGAGUCACGGGCAAUCAGGUUUUGCAUGAUGGUGGGAGCAACCCGGAAACUUAUCCGAGUACACAACCAAAUGUGGGUAUAUCAGAGUUGAAACUGGAUAGUAUUAAUUUGGAGAAGCCAUUGUCUUAUGCUGAAUCAGUUCUUAGGCAGGAGAAAAAGGUUAAUUUUCGUGCACUUACUAGUUCAUCUCAAUACGAGGGCUGUGAUGUUGUGCUCCCAAAGGAAUCUGUUCGAGUGGUCCAAGAGAAGAUGUCAAACACGCUCUAUGGGUAUUUUCUGGGUGACCGAGUAGCUUACCCGGUCGUUGAUUAUUAUGUCAAGAACAAUUGGAAACGGUUUGGUCUACAGAAAACAAUGAUGAACGCAAACGGAUUUUUCUUUUUUAAGUUUACGGAUCCAAAAGGUAUGCGGGAUGCUCUUGCUUCGUGUCCUUGGAUUAUUCGGUCUCAACCUUUGUUCCUUCAUGAAUGGACGCCUACUAUCAAACUUGAGAAACAGGAGGUAAAGAAAAUCCAAGUCUGGGCGAAAAUACAUGAAGUUCCCAUUGCUGCUUAUACGGAGGAUGGUCUAAGCAUGAUUGCUACAGCCAUUGGCGAACCCAAACUUCUUGAUUCUUACACGUCUUCAAUGUGCAUGGAGUUGUGGGGGAGAAGUAGCUAUGCUAGAGCUUUGAUAGAGAUAUCCGCGGAUAAGGAGUUUAAGGAGGAAAUCACUUUGGCGAUCCCUGAGAUGGAAGGUGAUAGUUUUAUUAAGGAAACCAUGUAUGUGGAAUACGAAUGGAGCCCGCUUAGAUGUUCGUCUUGCUGUGUUUUUGGACAUGAUAAUCAAUCGUGUCCAAAGAUGCCAAAGAAAAGGAUCGAUAUUGGUAAACAAGACCGUUUGGUUAAUAAUCAAGGAAGUCGGAAAGGGAAAGAGAUUCCAAGAGUCGAUGAGGAGGGGUAUAUGGAUGUGCCGAUUAAGAAAACUGCAAAGAGAGGAGGUAUUCAGGUAAACAAGCAAAAGCCAAAAUUUGAAUAUAGACCCAUCAAUACAAAACGUAAAGAUGAGUCUAAAGGGCAGCCGAAGACUACCAGUUUUCUUUCUUCUAAUCCGUUUGACGUUCUAAACGGAACCAAUGUUGAAGUCGGUCAAAGUAGUAAAGGGGGUAGUGGUCAACAAGAGGACUCUGAUGAUGAAGAGGUGAUUGAAGUUUACAAUGAGACGGACGAUUUUCUAAUGGAAGGGACUCAAAAUGUUAAAGGGGCAAGCACUCCUUCACCCGGGGUUUCCAAUGAAUCUCACGUUGAUGUUGGCAAUCUUGCGAAAGUUUGUAAUUCAGUUUUCCGUCAAUGGUCUUGGACUUCGAAUGGAAAUUGUUGUGAUAAAGGGACAAGAAUUAUUGUUGGGUGGAGCUUGGAUAUUUUUGAUGUUUUUGUGAUGGCUCAAACCGAUCAAGUUAUGCACCUUCAGCUUGUCUUUAAGAUUGAUAAAAAGGUCUUAUUCUGUUCGGUUGUGUACGCAGCGAAUUAUUACGUUAAACGAAGAGAGCUAUGGCAUCAAUUAUCGCUUCAUAAGGCUCUAGUAGGUGAUAAGGCUUGGAUAAUCAUGGGUGAUUUUAAUGCGGCUCUUAAUUUAGAAGAUCAUUCUAUGGGGUCGUCUUCCAUCUCGAUUGACAUGAGAGAAUUUCAAGACUGUGUUUUGGAUAUUGAGGUGUUCGACACUAAUAGAUCGGGUUGUCAUUUUACGUGGACUCAGAAACCAAAGGAUGGUGUUGGUGUGCUAAAGAAACUUGAUAGAGUGAUGGGUAAUAAUUCGUUUGUGUCUGAAUUUCCUAACUCGGUAGCUUUGUUUCAUCCUUAUAGAAUUUCAGAUCAUUGCCCGUGUUUGUUAAAUAUUCCUACUCCCGGGAAGCCGAAGCCUAGAUCGUUUAAAUUUACCAAUUUCUUGGUUUUUAAACCGGGCUUCCAGGAGCGUGUUAAGAGGAUUUGGGAUACCCAUGUUGAGGGGGUUCUUCAAUUUCAAGUGGCGAAGAAACUUAGGCUGUUAAAAUCGCCUCUUCGGGAGCUUCUUUUCCAACAAGGGAAUUUACACAAGAAAGUUGAAACUCUUCGUCGGGAUUUGGAUUCGAUUCAGCGACAGAUUGAUUCUAACCCGAUGAAUGCGGAUCUUCGAAAACAGGAAGCGAAGGUUAACGAUGAUUUUCAGACUGCCUGUUUAGAUGAGGAAAGGUUCUUGAAGCAGAAAUCAAAGGUAGAAUGGUUAUGUGCCGGUGACGCGAAUACAAAGUUUUUCCAUGCCUCUCUGAAAACUAGAAACCACAUAACCCGUAUUGAGGCUAUUUCUAACUCUCAAGGAGUUGUUUUUCACGGUGAAGAGGUACCAAAAAUUUUUGUCCAUCAUUAUGAAAAUUUUCUUGGGCUAGAAGAUAACAUUACAUUGCAGCCGACGCAUGAUCUUUUUGAUAAAAAGAUUUGUCAUGAAGAUGCUACUCACAUGGUUCGCACGGUUAAUAGUGAAGAGGUAAAGUUGGCAAUGUUUUCCAUAGGUAACGACAAAGCGCCGGGCCCGGAUGGAUAUACGGCUGCAUUUUAUAAACAUGCUUGGCAGAUUAUUGGCCCGGAUGUGUCGAAGGCUGUCAUAGAUUUUUUCGGCUCUGGAAAGCUUCUUAGGGAGCUUAACAACACGCUAAUUGUUCUUAUUCCAAAGAAGCCUACUCCAUCGUCUAUCACAGAUUACCGGCCGAUUGCUUGCUGUAAUGUCCUCUACAAGUGCAUUAGUAAAAUCAUAGCGGAUCGUAUUAAGAAUUAUCUCAAUCAGGUUGUUAGUAUUAACCAAUCCGCUUUCGUCCCGGGAAGGAGAAUUUCAGAUAAUAUCUUGCUGACACAGGAGUUGAUGCAUAAUUAUCAUAGGAGUAGUGGUCCUCCUUGA